CUCUUCGGCGUCUGCGCCGCCGUGGGUUUCGUGACCCCCCUCGCGCUCUCCUUCGCGCCGUCGCUGCGCCGCGACCCGUCGAGCUCGCUCGCGCUCUUCUCGCUCUUCGCGUUCGCCGAGUCGGCGGUCGUCGGCGUCGCCGCGUCGGCCUACAAGCUCCAGUCCGUGCUCCUCGCGCUGCUGCAGACGGGCGCCGCGACGGGCGCGCUCACGGCCUACGCCUUCCAGCCCAACGCGAAGUACGACCUCACGCAGGUCGGGUCGGCGCUGCUCGCGGGUCUGAUGGUGCUCACGGUCUCGACGGUCGCCGGCGUGCUCCUCAAGGUGCCCAUGAACUCGCUCGCCGGCUCGACGGUCGGCGCGUUGCUCUUCUCGGCCUUCAUCGUGCACGACACGCAGCUCGUCGUCGGCGGCAAGAAGCGGCAGCUCAACACGUCGGACUACGUCCUGGGAGCCAUCACGCUGUACCUCGACAUCAUCAACCUGUUCUUCUACCUGCUGCGGCUCUUCGGC